AUGGAAGAGGAAGAAUGUGAGAUGGAAGAAGGGAGCUUUGGCGAUCUGGGUGGAGCAGAGGGGCACAUGGCAAACGAAAUCCAAGUCUGGAAGAUCACGGGGCCCCAGAGCUUGCAGGAGGGCAUGGGCAGACACGUGUGCCCCGUUUGCGAGAGAGCGUUCACUCGCAAAUCGAGCCUCAACCGACACCUGAUAAUCCACUCGGGAGAGAAGCCCUACAGAUGCCUCGACUGCGGGAAGGGCUUCAACCGCAGGACCAACCUGAUGGCUCACGAGGCCGUCCACACCGAAGAGAAGUCCUACCAGUGCUCGGAGUGCGGGGAGAGCUUCAAGCCGAAAUGGGGCAUUGCCCCCUACCAGGUGGAUCCCACGGGGGAGAAGGUCUACAAGUGCUUGUCGUGCAAGAAGAACCUCCGGCAGACGGGCAGCGUGAUGAGCUGGCGGCUGCUGAACGAGCAAGGGAAGGAGAUCCAGGCGCAGCCCUCGGACGCGCCAGGCCCCGAGAAGGAGGAGAACAUCCCCGAGCACCAGAACGAACCCGAGAUCGAUCUGGGGAAGGACGUGUCCGUGGGGACGAUCGAGUCGGUGAUCGUUCCGGGCGGCGACCUUUGCUUCAUCAAGACCCCGGCGAAGCUGUACAAGGGGAAGCGGAUGAGCCCCUGCCCCGUGUGCGGCAAGAGCUUCAACCAGAAGACCAGCCUGCUCACCCACGAGGUUAUCCACACCGAGGAGAAGCCGUACCAGUGUUCCGACUGCGGGAAGAGCUUCCGGCACUCGUCGGGCCUCCAGGUGCACCAGAGGAUGCACACGGGAGAGAAGCCGUACACCUGCCUGGUCUGCCGCAAGAGCUUCAGCCAGCGGGCACACGUGAUCAAGCACAUUGUGAGGAAGCACAAGGGGGAGAAACCCUCGUCCUACGUCUCUCAGCCGUCCGAGAGCUGA